UGUCGGUAUAUACGAGAUGCAGGAAUAUAGGGAAUGCAGUGAUAUAAGGGAUACAGGGAUGUUAUGAAUGCCCUCAAAUAAUGCAAGGAUGUGAAAGGUGACAAUUGAGUUUCUGUUCGGCCUAAUUUUCGAUGAAACGUUGACUGUUUUACCAACGCGGAGUUCGACAUCCACGCUAGCAUCGCCUUAACCUGUUGUUCUUACAUUUUAUACAAUGGAAAUUGCAGAUACCGGGUUUUCACGAACUACGGAUGAAGUAUUUGAUACUUUAGAAUUAGCUAAUAUUAAAGAUUCUGAUUUGACAAAUGAAACUGAAAUUUUGUAUUCUGCACUUGAAGAUAAUAUGGAUAAGUAUAUAAAGUUGUUAGAGAUUGAUGAUCAUUUAUUGGAAGCAAUUAACAAAGGAGAAAGUUUAACAUUUCAGGGUAAGGAAGAAGAUUCUGUAGCACUAUGUACAAAAAGUAGAACUUAUGAUGUUAAAGAAACUGAAACAUCUAAUUCAUAUUUGUUAGUACCAAAUACAAAUAUGUUUGAAAAAACAGAUGGUAGAAUAAUAAAACAUAAUAACGUUUUGGGAAUUUUUCAUAUAUAUUAUGAGGUAAAUGAAUGUAAACCUAAAGUGGAAAAAUUACUUGAUUUGCUUGAGCCUACUUCUUUCAAAGGAAUGGAAUAUGAAUCUUCUAUACCUCAAGAACUUUUAUAUGACUGGCAUAGAUUACAAAGUGAGAUACAAGCCAGUGAAGAGGAAUUAAAGCAGGCCUUAAAAGAUUAUUUAAUAGUUAAUAUUGAUGGCUAUUUUCGUUUGAUACCAUUUGAAUCUGAAGUAAGAAGCUUAACAUUAAUGUUAGAUCUUUUUGAUGAAAACUGUUGGGAGAUAGAUGAAGUUGAUAAAGAAAUUACAUAUGAUUAUUUAAAAGAAUUUUUUCAUAAAUCAGUUUUUGAUACUUUGUUUACUAAAUACACAGAAGUAAGUCAUAAAACCAAAAAAGAUGGAACACCUUUAUACAGAUAUAAUGAAGAACUUUGUUGCAAGAGUUUAGCUAAAAUUCUUCUUGCUGCUUCUUCGGUAACCGAGUAUAAACAAUUCAUGGAAUCAUGGAAUAUUGGAACACCAGAAAAAAUGAAACCAAGGGAAGAAUAUUUACGUGGAAUAGCUCUUAUUACCUGGAACAGUUAUGCAAUGAAAAAAGAAGUAGUAGCUUUUCCAGAAACAGAUUUACCGAAAGAUACUGAGGAAAGGUUUAAUGCCCUAUUCAAAGCAAAAGAUAAGUGGACAGUAGAAGAAAUAACUCCGUAUAUAUUGUGUUUAACAACAAACCAAAUGAAUGUUAAUGCUCUUUUAACUAAAUAUGCCAGAUGUUCGGUCAUUAACGGUAUUAAAUAUUACAGUUCAAAACUCGGUAAAUGAAGAAAAUUGUUGAUGUUGAAAUCAUUCUCGCUGUUUAUUUCGCUUGAGGCUGUAAUACAUAGUUACAUUUACACCGUUCUAUAAAUAGUUUUUAAAUAUCAUUACACAUUGUUUAUGUUUAUUAUUCAUCAUCUAAUUGAUAACAUAACAGGGUUGAUCGCGGUGGACUGUCUUUAUCUCAGUAUUUUCUAUUUCUUUAAAGACUGCAAUUAUAUUUUGAAAAAAAAAAACGGUUACCUGUAGUAACAGUAAUAAAUACUUGGUAUGUUUAUCCUUUCAUUAUGAAUUACAAAAUCUUAUGUAACGUGACUGUAGCCGAGUAAUGUAAUAA